UACCAUUCCACACUCACCUUCUCCUCCAUCAUACGCAUCCUGAUUUACAGCUCGAGACACCUUCGAAACCACACGGAACUUUGAAAUCUUCGCUCUGCGCCUGCAAGCCCACGCUCUUCAUCAUGUCAACACCUCAAAAGACGCCUCCCAAGUCCAUUGUGCGGCCCGGUCCCUCUCCACAGGGUCCAGAAGGCUGGGAGGAGCGUCGUCUAGAGCGCGAGUCCAACCUAGCCGGUGGAGCUCGCAAAGGCGCCGCUGCAGGAGAUCUGGCAGCUCAGGCCAACCCAGGUACGGCCGAAGCCGCCUCUACUGCCGAGGGAGAGGCUGGUACUGAUACCGCUGCUGGUGCAGCUCCUGGAGCAGCAGCCGGAAGCGGGAACAGUUCCUCCAGCAGCAGUCCUUUGGCAGCGGUCAAGAAGGGCGUGAGAAAGGUGGGAGUGAAGAUGUCACUGGUAGAGCCGAAGAUGAACGAAUUGGACUCGACGAGGAAGGAUGCUGCUAUGCAGGAUGCUUCGACGGGCCCAGAAUUGGCCUGAUCUGUGACACUCUGGCUCCGUCUGUACCUCGAGCUGGCGACUGAUUGCCCCUCGCAGAAGGGCGGACACUUGUAUAUAUUUCUAGCAACGUAACGUGCAAAUGCGACAGCAAUUAGAUUACGGAUUUUGCAAAGAUCGAUUAGGAGAUGUCAAGAGUGAA